GACAUUAGGUUGUUUGAGUUUCUUGUGGUUAGUUGAUUUUUUUUUAAAAAAAAAACUCCAAAUUUUCAUUAGGUGAAACUGAUGUGUUUUAUGAAGAAAAAGAAUCAACCCAAACCAGGCUGCUGAAUCAUUGUAUUUUGUUAAAUAUUUUUUUUUUAACAGUGGGAGGAAAGAAGGAAGAAAAACAACUGUGAAAGACCUUCCAGAAGAUUUAAGUGUUUAUAAGUGGGACGAUAACAAUAAAUCACAGGGUUGCUGGCCCUGUUACAGAUGAUGCAUGUGAAAUGAUCCCACAGUUUGUGCUGUAUUUUUCUAUUUGCAGGGAAGCAAUAAGCCGACUGUGUGAAGCUGUAUCGGGUACAAAUGGAGCUAUAAAAAAGCGGAAGCCUCCAGUGAAGUUUCUGUCUUCUAUACUUGGCAAAAGUAACCUUCAGUUUUCUGGCGUGAAUAUAAAACUGACCAUUUCAACAAGCAGUCUCACUUUGAUUAGUGUUGACACGCAGCAGAUUAUUGCCAACCAUCACAUGCAGUCCAUCUCAUUUGCUUCAGGAGGUGACCCAGAUACAACAGACUAUGUUGCAUAUGUAGCAAAAGAUCCUGUUAACCAGAGAGCAUGCCACAUACUGGAGUGCCCCAAUGGGAUGGCCCAGGAGGUGAUAAACACCAUAGGGCAGGCUUUUGAGCUGCGGUUCAAACAGUACCUGAAGAACCCAUCUGGCGUGGUUACGUCCAAUGAAAGCGAGGCAGCAAAUGCUAAUGGAUCAGCUGGGAAUUCACAGGAGAGGGAGGAUCAUGAAUAUUAUGAGCCUCCCACCGGUGGAGUGUUAGACAUGCGAAUGAAAGUGCAAAUAGACCAAAGGGCUAACUGUCUCACACAGUGCAAAAAGCAGUAUUGCUUGACAGGCAGCCCGACAUUCAUCAAUAUAUAUGAAAACUGCCCAGAAGAAAACAAAACUGUGGGCAAUUGCGGUGAAAGAUCACAGAAGACAAAAAAAGACGCAACAUUAUUGAAGCCUGCCUACAAAACAGAUCUUUUUGAUGAUCCGUGUUACAUCAACACACAGACCCUGCAGUCUGCAGUCUGUACAGCCCGCGGUACAGCAACAGCACAGAUCCAUGGGAGCCCACUGCGUCAGGCCAAGUUACCAGAAGCUGUUCAGCAGAGUGCCACAAGCAACACAGCUGGUCUCUGUGUUCUGCCACAAAUAAAGCAACAGCUAAAGAAUGAAGAUUGUUACCAUGGCAAAUUAAACAGAAAAGCAGCAGAAAGCCUCUUAGUCAACGAUGGGGAUUUUCUGGUGCGAGAGAGCACAACGUCACCUGGUCAGUAUGUCCUCAGUGGACUUCAGGGAGGGCAAGCAAAGCAUCUGCUCUUGGUGGAUCCUGAGGGCAAGGUGAGAACCAAAGACCAUAUAUUUGAUAGUGUGGGUCAUCUUAUUCAGUAUCACAUGGAAAAUAAUUUGCCAAUCAUCUCUUCUGGAAGUGAAGUGAACUUGAAGCAGCCUGUAAGGAAAGAGAGUAACGUGGGGCAUAUGCAAUAUCACAAAUAAUCCCUUGGAUCUCGCAAAUCCCAAGACAAUUCAUAUCUGAAAACUGUACCCAGAACUUUCUGUUAUGAAGACAAUUUUAAAAAGUACAGACUGCACUUUCUGCUGCUGUUCCAGAAGAUGCCCUUUUGUGUGUGUAUGUAUGAAUAUAUGUAUAUGUGUAUAUCUAUGUAGAUCUAUAGAGAUCAACAAGCAUAGUUAUAUAGAUAUAUAUAAUCUUAAUCUUAAUGAAAUUACACCUUCAGAGUGUGAGAUUCAUUUGUGAGAAGGUAUUUUAGACAUGCACAAAUGUCACUUUCAAGGUCAUACUGAAUCAGUAACUAUUUAAAAGCACAAUUAAACCUCUACAUGCAAAAGCUCACUUGAACGAACUGCUGGAACAUUAGUAUGUGCCUUUUAGCAUAGGAUUAUUGGAAACCAAUAUUAUUUAUACUGAAUCAGUUUUGGGUGGUUAAACAAACAUGUCUUAGCUUUUAACUAUUUGCCAAACCAAAUACAAUUUGAAUAUUACUAAAAUGUCAUCUGCUUUCGAUAGACACUAACGAUUUCAUUUUGCU